CGGGGUGGCAUCGGGUCUGAGCGUCGACAGUGGUGGAGGGUAUGGGGAGAUGGAAACGGCUGUAACAGAGGCUGAGUGGGCAUGAUAGACUCGUAAUGGUUGGAAAACAGGGAGUUGAAUGACAUGCUGGUUUAGGCGGUCAGUCACACCAUUUCGUGCCAAUGCAGGUUAGGGAUACCGACGAUGUUUCCAUUAUGUGUUCCUAUGAUCUGUUUGUCUCCAGCAACUAGAAAGGUGCUUGUCGCAUCUCCAUUGCGGUAAAGAGGCCCGAGAUGUUGAGUCAAUCGCGCGUACUUGAGCUUUGGCUCCUCAUCUUCAUCCUCGCUUUCUUCCUCGCCCUCUUCUGCCUCUUCCUCGCCCUCUUCCUCCCUUUCACCAUCCUCAUCACUAGACUGCUCUAAUGUGUCAUCGGUUUCAUCGUCAGAGGUUGCGCCAGCGCCUGUGUUAACCCUGAGCCCCCCCAUUGGGCCUGUUGUUGUCGCGUCGCUGGCUGGUGGGUGCUUGAGCGCUACACCAGCGCUGCUGGACUCAGUCGGGCUCUUGCCAUGGUGGGGGUCGUUGUCGCCGGGCUGUGGCGAGCUUCCUGUCAUGUUGAUUCAGGCGACGGCAGCAACUUCAUGGCGGGUUUGGAGCAGGGCGCAGAGCGAGGGUCGUAUGGCUAUGGGGUUCAGGUUGCCUGUGGAGAGCCGAGUGUUUGUUGAGUUGCUUCGGGAAGCUUUGGGCGCGGCCAAAAGCUACGUCAGAGCUUAAACGGCGGUCCCUGCAGUGGUUGGGGUAAGCUUUGACCAAUAGACAGCUGCCCCUCAAAGUGGGGACAUUCAUUGGGCAGCCUUGCGACCCCAGACGCGGGUUCCAGGCUCUCGGACGCGCUUUCUGGGAUACAGUGCUCUUGACCUACUGACUGCCCUGCGAUGGGCAUUGCGGCCCUCUGAAGACAAGACGAAGAAAGAAGAUCGUUUCCAGGCUGUUCUUUCCAGCGACUGGACUGAAGGAAAUGGAUCGCCAGCAAUUACCUUCAACCAUUACCCGGUACUCGACCUUUUGUAUAAUUUGAGGAGGGAAACAGGACAGCACCAAACACAGCAAAACUAUGGCCUCGAUUGCUUCGCUCGGGGUCCAUCAACCCACCGGCUUGCGACAUGCCAUUCAAGAAGGGAUACUCGACCCCGACCCGCCUCCAUCUACCUACACGUGGGACAUCAGCCUUAGCAAGGAGGGUGACAACGAAUAUGAGGAUGAACUGCUCACGACGAAGAACUGUGUGCUCUGGUCCCGCGGCGGGGUCUUUCGAAAGAGCUUCAAAUUCGACCUCGAAAACGAACCUAUCGCCCAAGCCCUCCUAGCCAACUUCCCUGCCUCGGCCGAACACCAGUCUAGAGAUAACGACAAGCAGAAGAAGAAGGCUCUCGAAAAGCCCAACCUCUCGAAAGCUCUCGUCGUCUUCCUCAAGACCCAGGCGCACAUCUACUUCCUCUCCGGUGCCAGCCAUGUCGUCCACAUGCCCUUCGAAGUCGAGUCUGCCUGCGCAGCACCAUGUGGUGUCAUCAUUCAACGCAAGCCACGGGCGAACAAUACAGCUCCGGUUUCGUUGCGUCUCCCGAAAGUACCGCCCAACUCUUUCGUGUCGUUCCAGCCGCCGCCAUCGUCGUCCAAUACCCAACGAGGGCGCGAGUUCUCGACCGAGGGGUUGGGCAACCCGAAAGUACUGCCCCUCCGACUCAGCUCGACACUGGAAAAUAUGUGGCAACCUCCUAUGGAAACAAGUGAAAGUCAUUGGCCUCGGCUUGUUUGCCUGACGGAUCCGUUGUUGGAAAUCGGACUGGUGGUGACACAGCAAGAUCGGACGAAGCCUCCAAGGGGUCGGAGGGGCUCGACCGGGCCCCUGUUUCUCAGUCCUGCCGAAGAAAUGCUUCACAUAGAGUCUGUCAAGCUCUCGAAUCUACCGGCAUCGGAAGCUGGGGGCUUGCAUAUUGCCGUUACCGUUAACCGCGAAGCCGGCAUGUACACAGUUUGGCGACUGACCUAUCUAGAGAAUGAGGACCCAUUUCUGAGCAAAAAGAAAAAGAGGAGAACAUCAUCUUCGCGGCGACGGAGUUCUAUGGCUCCAGGCCUGCCAAGCGGAGCUGCCACCCCGAUUCACCCGUCCAUGAGAGAGAGCUUUGGUGCGCCACUUCCAGGCAAAAGAACCAGGAAGAGCGUUAGGAUCGAGGAAAACGAAAAGGCCUUGGACAAUGCUCUCAACUCUUUGGAUCCGGACAAGCGCAACGAUGCUACUCGGAGGCAAUCACGCCGAGUAAGCUCUCUGUUGGCUCGUGCUGAUCUGUCUGCAUCUCAAGAUCGAGCAACCUUCACCGAACAGUCAAGCAGGAGGUUAGACUCCCAGGGGAGCCAGCGUGCUCGCAUGAGUAGUGGAUAUGCCGGUUCAGUAUUCAGUGGCAGCUUCAGCGGUAAUCGAGACUUGAACAGCCUCCAUGAAGUGCCGGUGGAUAACCUGCUGGACGAGCUUCGUGCUGGUGGUGAUUUUGAGGGGUUUCAUAGUAUGGGUCUGGAGGAUCACGACUUUGAUGGGCUGACACGGGAGAUGAUGCUUACCAAGAUCCACAGCUUCAGCAUGGACAACGCCAACCUGCGAUACUCUCUAUCGGACAAGCCUGCCAGGACACACUCCAAGGUCUUUAUACUUGCUAGCCCUCCUACUGCCACGGAUGAGCUAGGACGCGCCAUGCUUCUUGUUGGUAUCCAGGAUCCUGUCGACAGGAGACUCCAGCUUCUGACCCUCCAUGUCGAUAUUCGUGACGAGAAGAUCACAACAAAAAGUGCCAUGAAAAGUUUCUCAAACCCAAGCAGCCUCACUAUUGUUCCCGGAGAGCCCCGGAGGGUUCAAAACGUGGUCGAUUCAUGCAAACUAUCCGACGGGCAUCAGACCAUCAUGAUCUUGUCUGAAGACACCUCCGGCGGAAGAGAGCUCAGCCUGCAGUCCCCUUGGGGCAAAGUAACGACUGUAACAUUACCAUUGUUAUUUUCUGACAACCUGCACAGCCUCGAUUACGCAGGCAGCCACAAGGUCAACAAAGAGGUUCGAGGCAGGCGGUCGAUGGGCAUUGGCAUGACCUGCACUCAGAUAGAUUCCGUCUGUCACUCAAACUCGCGUGGUGUGGUUGACCUUCGAGACAAGGACGGCAGGUUUCAUCGAGUGAGAAUCCAAUUGCAGCCUUCAUCGCCUCAAAUACGUCGCGUCCUGGAUACUUGCCGGAGUGUCCUACCUACUUCUUAUGCCGACAAGCUACUGGCAGGGUGGUGGCACAUCAUGCAGUGGCUUCAGAGCGGGCGUGUUCGGGGUCUAAGCCGCCCCAUAGUGGACAAGGAAUGGACAGCACUCGUUAUACUGCUCUUUUCCAGCUUCCUCGCCUUGCGGCACAACAGUGAGACUUCCCUCAGGAGCUAUGGGGAGGGCGCAGCACAGCCCCCAUGCCCAACGAGCUGGGACACGAUGCGCGUAUACGAAAACCCCAGCUCAUCAGCGUGCCCGCCUUGGACUCGCACCAAAGCAUGGCGGUGGCUUCUUGAUACUCCAGUCUUUGAACCGGCGGCCGUGACUGCCGAAUCGGGCCCUCGUCCACCAAGCUUCCUUGCUAUUCACAUCGAACUAGCGCAGAGAUGGAUGGCGUCUUCUGGCGGCGUGCUGGCUUUUGGCUUUGAUGGAUACCUUCCCACGGCUCUCGGCAGAGGUAGCCCUGGACGCAGUAAUGCAGCAUGGAGUAUGAUGAUGGCGCUCCAUCUUUUCCUCGAGGAACAGAAACUGAACAUUCUGUCUCCCGAGGAUACGAUACACGGCCAGGUCGAUUUGAGGACAGCGCUCUGCCAGGUCUCUAGGUGGCUCGGCUGGCAGAGGCACGAAGCCAUUUAUGCGCUGGGCAUAGACGUGGAUCUGGAAUCAGUACAUGAUCUGGUUCCUACUCUCGCGGCCGAGGUAGUUGAACCGCCGACCUGCUUUUGCGUGCUGAGCUGGAUUCAGGACCAUCUUGCAUACGGUAAGGGGGGCGAGUUCCCGACAUUGCCUCUCGUCUACUCCACUGGCUGCCCAGAUGCAGUUUCUGGAAAGUCAAGAUCGCAGCUCUGGUCAUCCUUAACACCUCGAUCGCUCAUGUUUGCCAAGUUCUUUGGUCUUCUUGGCACCACAACGAACCGGUACGAAGUGGUUGUGGCCAUGUAUGAGGCUCGUUUCACAUCACAAAUUCUCGAAACAUUACCGGAGGCAGUUCUCACGCCUUUACAGGACAUUAUAUUCAUGUGUCAACCAAACCCACCGCCUUCGUGGUCCAAGGAGCUACUCGCUCUAGUGAGUCGGACUGACAUCAGCACUGUCUUGCGGCCAUCAAAGACAUGGCGACCACUUGGGGCUGAGAUCAAUGCCCCAUCACACGCUGCGAAAUGGGAUGUGCGAAUGCUGUGUCAGCACCUCGACGACUUCCACGACCGCGCAGAGGAGACGGAGGCCACAGAACGCCAGGCCGUGGUGCGCUCCUUGUUUAGAGAAGACAGACGGCUCAAUGAGGCUCAGAAUCUCUUAUCAACAUCCAAGCACCGCGUCGUCCGCCUCAACCCCAAGCCGGGCACAACGGAGCCAGAGUAUCUCGAGCAACAAAAGCAGCUUGUCGCUACUGUGGCGACGAGUACCCUUGCCAUACCAGCAGGCAGGGGCCUCUUGUACUUUGCUCUUCGCUUUCCACUUCUUACUCAAAAAUAUCAGAUCAACGGAUUUCAGCUCACAUGUGUCGUCCAGCCGAUUAACAACUCGGUCGGCGUGGACAAGGCCCUGUUUACUGAGGAAAAGAUUAACUGGGCCUUCUUCCACCAGGGCGUCUCGGGUGGACUUGCCAUCUCACCUCAUGCAAAAGGCAUUGACACAUCGUGGAUUCUGUACAACAAGCCGGGGUCAGAUUUGAACAAUCGACAUGCCGGAUUUCUGCUCGCCCUCGGCCUGAACGGUCAUCUCAAGUCGGUCGCCAAGUGGGUUGCGUUCAAGUACCUCACACCCAAGCAUACUAUGACAUCCAUUGGCCUACUUCUCGGCCUGGCAGCCUCGUAUCUGGGGACCAUGGACUCGCUGAUCACGCGCCUUCUGUCGGUGCACGUCACUCGUAUGCUGCCGAGAGGGGCUGCCGAGCUCAACUUGUCGCAACACACCCAAACCACUGGCAUCAUGGGCAUUGGGCUUCUUUACUGCAACAGCCAACACCGCCGCAUGAGCGAGAUCAUGAUGUCGGAAAUCGAGUAUCUCGAGGAUGGAGAGGAGGAGAACCCACUUCGCGACGAAGGCUAUCGUCUGGCUGCCGGCUUUGCUUUGGGCUUCAUCAACCUCGGCAAAGGAGGCGACCUGAAGGGGCUGAGAGAUAUGCGCUUGACGGAAAAGCUCCUGACAAUCGCCACGUCCACCAAGCGCGUGGAGCUGGCUCAUGUCUUGGACCGUGCCGCUGCUGGCGCUGUGAUGGCUAUUGCCCUCAUUUUCAUGAAGUCGGAGGAUCAUAUUGUUGCACGCAAGAUUGAUGUUCCUGACACAACGUUGCAGUUUGACUAUGUCCGGCCUGAUGUUUUGCUUUUGAGGACGGUGGCGAAGAAUAUUAUUCUUUGGAAGGAGAUCAAACCUACCUUUGACUGGAUCAAGAGCAGUUUGCCUUCUAUUUAUCAUUCACGGGCACGUCUGAGCAGCACUCGGAAGCUUCAAAGCAGGGACAUGUCUUUUUUCUCCAUCUUGGCUGGCAUUUGCUUUUCGCUGGGCCUUCGGUUCGCCGGCUCGGCGAAUAUCCAAGUUCGGGAUCUGCUUGUUCACUACCUCGACGAGUUUGUACGGAUCGUUAGAAGCCCGGUGACGAACUUUGACGCGGAGCUAGCUCGCAGCAACGCGAGGAUGUGUAUGGAUCUGGUGGCGCUGUCUUGCGCCACGGUGAUGGCCGGGACGGGGGACAUCACUGUGCUCCGUCGUUUGAGAGGUUUGCACGGUCGAGACGACAAGAGCACCACGUACGGAAGCCACAUGGCUGCUCACCUGGCGAUUGGCGCUCUGUUUUUGGGGUGCGGAACCGCCACGUUUGGGACGAGUAACCUUGCCACUGCUGCUCUCCUGGUCGCUUUUUACCCGCUGUUUCCUGCCAACGUCCAAGACAAUCGGGCGCAUCUGCAGGCGUUUCGUCACUUUUGGGUUCUGGCUACGGAACCCCGGUGUUUGGUUGCGAAGGAUUUGGCUACCGGUCAGCCGAUGAACACGCCGAUUAAUAUCCAUUUGAAACCGGGGUCUGCGACGGCUGUGGCGGCGGCGUCGCAGACGGGGAGUGAUGCGACAGAUCCGGAGGUUGUUAUUCUCCGGCGGCAGACUCCUUGCUUGCUUCCGCCGCUAGAUGAUGUCCUACGUGUUGUCACGGACGCUGGUGGACUGGGUUGUUGGGAUUUGACGAUUGAUUUUCAAAAUCAGCCCAGUCUGGCGGAUGAGUUUAGGAACAACCAGAGUGUUUAUUUGCGGAGGAGACCGGCGCAUGAGGGGACUUUCCCGGCUACGUUGCGCGCGCUGGGGAGUAGCGAGGUUGUUGACAAGGGGUUGGGUGGGAGGGAUCCGAUGGAGUGGGUUUUCGAGUUGCAGGCGCUGCGGGAUUUGACGCACGCGGAGAGGGGGUUGGUGCUUGAUCGGCUGGGGAGUAGUGGUGGGGGGGUGGGCGAGGGGGAGGGGGCGAGCACGGCUGUGGAUGCCAAGCUGGUGUUGAGGGCUGGGUUGGAUACGGGGGGGUGGUCGAGGGAUAGGUUGUUGGGGUUGAGGUUGUUGUUUGAGUGGGCCGAGAGGAGGGGGGUUUUUGCUGGGAGGGUGGUGGACAAGACAGAGGCUGAGGAGGGGAAGGGGAGGAAGAAGGGGAAGACGCCUGCCAAAAACGGGAAAAAGAAGGUUUCUAUGUCUGUUGGGGUCGAGGGACAGGGUGGGGGGAAGAGUGAGGGGGUGGUUGGGGGGAGCGAGAGGGAGUUGGAUGCAGUGGAGAGGGGGUUGGAUGCGGUGGAGAGGGGGGAGGUUUGGUGGAUGAGGGAUAGUGUAAUUGGGGAGUUGAAGGGGAGGGCGUGGCUUGCGGGGAGGGAUACGUGA